AUGUUCCCCGAGACAUACGGUAGGACUCUUGAAGAGCUCGCUUUCCUGUUCGAAGACCGGUCUCUCGCCGACGAAGCGACAAAACAGGUGGAGAAGCAAAUGGAAUGGUCCUCGGAGCACAGGUGGUCACGUCUUGACAACAGCAUGAGCUGGGACAUGGAUGUUAUGAUGCCGAACAAAUCCGACGUACAAACCGACGACGAAUGCAGAGGGAUUGGUGGCGGAGACAGGAUCAGAAGCGACAGUACUGGACGAGAGAUUCAGCCCGUCAGGGCUAAACCCAGGCAGGCGAUUCGCGGCGAAGGCGGCAGCUGGCGACAAAACCAGGGCAGCAGAAUCUCAUGUCGUGUGUACCGCCUCAACAAGCCCUUUCGUCGCGAACGCAAGUGGGAUUAUGUGUGGAUUGACGCCGCCGGUCUGCCCAUGGACGAUAGCGCGCAGAAAGUCGCAGCAUGGAAUGAGGUCAUGGUUGACAUCGAUACGGCCUAA